CAAACAGAGUCUCGUCUGAUCGAAACACUGCAGACAGAAACACCGAGGACUCGCUUGAUUCUGCUGAUGAGAACAUGAACCUCAGAGAGAUCUCCCACAGCCAGAUCAGAGCCUUCAAACAUUAGACUUCACUAAAGAAUAGACCCAGCUCGAGUUCAUGGCGUUUCUCGUCAAGAAGAAGAAGUUCAAGUUUCAGACCCUCGUUACUCUGGAGGAGCUGACAGCUGUGCCGUUUGUCAACGGAGUCCUGUUCUGUAAGAUCAGACUGCUGGAUGGAGGAGAUUUCACUGCUUCAUCAUCCAGAGAAGAGGUCCACCAGAACGCCGUUCGCUGGAGGAAGAGGUUCUCCUUUGUGUGCAAAAUGAGCGCCAACCCCAACACCGGCGUCCUGGACCCCUGCGUGUGUCGCGUCUCUAUCAGGAAGGAACUCAAAGGAGGAAAAGCUUAUUCAAAGCUGGGCUUUGCUGAUCUGAACAUGGCAGAGUUUGCUGGUUCGGGCUCCACCGCGCGCUGCUGUCUGCUGGAGGGAUACGACACCAAGAACACACGGCAGGACAACUCCAUCCUGAAGGUGACCAUCGGAAUGACCCUCUUAUCCGGAGACCCCUGCUUCAAAACUCCCCCAAUCACCGCCAAAUGUAUCUCUGUGGCCGGCCGAGACCCUUCCCUGCAGCUGGACUGUAAAGGAGAAGGAACCGCUGAGGUUUAUCCUCGACUGACUAAACAGAGACCUUCUGUACUCAGCUCUGCUUUUCCCGAGGAGGUGGAUCAGGGUCAAAGUCCUGAUGAAUUGUUUCACACGGGACAUUCACGCAACUCAAGUUAUGCCAGUCAGCAGAGCAAACUAUCAGGCUACAGCACCGAACAGUCCUGCUCCUCCAGUCUGUCGGAUCUGACCCAUCGCAGGAACACAUCUACAGGCAGCAGUGUGAGCGCCGACCCCCCGUCUGAGAGUGACACCCGUCCCGAGCGGCCUCCACGACCCCCGCGGCCCAUCUUACCCACAAACAGACCGCCACGGAGGAAGCAGGAUUCGGUGGAGGAUCGCCCGACCUGGGUCAACGACACUCGUAUCGACGCAGACGACAUCGUGGAGAAGAUCGUCCAGAGUCAGAACUUCUCUGACAUCAGUAACAACGAAGAUAGUAACCUGAGACUGUUUGUGAGCAGAGACGGAUCGACAGCGCUGAGCGGCAUCCAGCUGGGAAACAGGGUCUCUGCAGGAGUUUAUGAGCCGGUCGUCAUCGAAAGCCAUUAGAUCACCGCCGUGGUGUUCCUGUUUCGUCACUUCAUCAUCAAUACUGAAGAAUCACACAAAUCUACUCUUGAAUCUGAUAUUUCAUUAACAUCUAAAUUAGUCCUGAUGAAAGUCUCAGUGCCAGACCACUGCGGCGUGUGCUGAUGCUGCACAACACAAUCGCUUUUCUGAUCUGAUCUCAUUUCUAUGGAAGCAUGUUUCCGACAGGAUAAAAGAAAAGGUAAUUGUGGAUUUUUAUCUCAAAAUUCAGACUUCCAAACAGUUCUGAGAAAAAUUAGAAUUGUAACAUUUAAGUUCAAAACGGCGAGAUAUAAUUUCAGAAUCGCAAGAUAUAAACUCACAAUUCUGCAAUUAUAAAUGUUUUAUUCAUUUUUUGUACCAUGGUGGAUUGCAAUUCAGAAUCGAGGCGUAAACUCUUUUUUUUUUUUUGCAUCUCACAAUUAUUUUACUUUUUUUCGUCAGAUUUGCAAGAAACAAAGCCCUAAUUGUGAAAUUAAAAAGUAGCAAUGUUUUUUAAUGUUUUAAUUCGAUGUUGGAAACAGGCUUCCGUGUGUACCACUGAGUGCAGCUGCACAUUGAUGUCCUCUGUGUGUGUGUGUGUCUUGUCUUCGUUCACAUCUGUAAGUGUACUUGUGUUUCACUGUCGUCCGAGUCUGAUGUCAUGUUUAUUGUUUGCAUUGAACACUAAGUUUUGACAUGAUCGGGCUCAUAGGUGGGCUUUUUCUGGAGCACCAGCCGGUCUGAGUGCUGUGAAAGGACCAGAGAUGUUCUCUGACCCACAGGACGUCCUGUCUGCUGGCUCUUGUCCUCUCAUCUUUAAACUUGUUGCUGUGCAACACUAAACUCCUUCCCUGCAGAUUCUAGUGUUAUAAAACCAGCUUAAUGCACUUUACAAGAGAAUCUCUUUACAAGUCGCGGUCACAUUAAACCUCAAAAUCAACAUGAGAAGAAAUUCUUUCUUUAUAAAGAGAUUUUUGAAUUUAGGAAAAUUUUAAGGAAUAUUUUACCCCCGAAAAUGAAAAUUUGCUGAAAAUGUGCUCACCCUCAUGUCAUCCGAGAUUAGGAUGAGUUUGUUUCUUCAUCAGGUUUGGAGAAAUUUCGCAUUGCAUCAGUGUCUCAUCAAUGGUUGCUCUGCAGUGAAUGGGUGCCGUCAGAAUAAGAGUCUAAACAGCUGAUGAAAACAUCACAAUAAUCAUUUGCGUAUUUCCAUAUUCAAGAAACAAACUCAUCUACAUCUGAGGAUGCAUACAUUUUCAGCAAAUUCUCAUUUGUUCCUUUAGAUUUAUAUUUUAUCAUUAUGAUUUUUUUAUUUAUUUUAACAAUAAAAAACAUUUUUUCUAAUUCCCAUCACUCUGUAUUGACAUUGAUUAUUUUUAAGUAAUUGCUUUAUUUUUAUUUUUUCACAUUAUUAUUAUUAUUAUCAUUUGUUUCAUUUUAUUAUUAUUUUUUAAUAUUAUUAUUAUUUUGCUAAUAAAAAAAAAAAUGGGCUAAUGUACUUAAAUGUUAUGAAAAAAAUAACAAUUUUUAAUAAAACUAAUAAAAUAGUCUUCCUUUUCUCAGUAAAUUCUGAUUUUGAGAUAAAAAAUUUGACCUAGACUUUUUUUUUUUUUGGCGACAUUUCAUGACAUUCACCCAAAUACUUUUGGGGGUCAAACGGCAUACAAAAAAAAAAAAAAAAAAAAAAAAAAAAACAAAAAAAAAAAAAUAUAUAUAUAUAUAUAUAUAUAUAUAUAUAUAUAUAUAUAUAUAUAUAUAUAUAUAUAUACUAUAUGUCCAGCUGUUGAUGUUUAGUGUGACUCUAAUGCAGCAUCGAUGGAUGUUUGAUUAUUCAUAAGAUCAAAACAUCAGGACAUUAAAGUUGGUCUUUAUCACUAACGUGAAUUUAUGAAAGUUUUCCAGUACAGAGGAACUCUGAUUCCCCAGAACCAGCUGGCUGGUUAUUUUUCUUCAGCAAACAAUCCCUCAAUACAGAUUGUGCUAGAGUUUUUCAGAAACACAUGCUUCUGCUGCAGAUGAAGUGUGUUUUGUGUUUCUCGAUAAGCUGUGAUCGACUCUUUGGUGCUGCUCAUGUGAACCGAGUGCUUGUACCAGUCUGUGACUGCUUUAUUCAUAUAUUUCCAUUCUCUUUAAGCUUUAAAAAGGAGUUCUCUCAUUUCUUGUAAUGGGAACGUACUCCAGAUUGGCAUUAGUUUUAGCGCUUUCUAAAUCACAACAUCAGCACUAAACACUAUGUAGGUUCUCUUUGGAUCACUCAAGCAGAAUGACGUUCAUCUCUUCAGCACCAAACACUGAGAUCUUCACUUGUUCUUGAACUUUGGAGUGAGUUAAAGAGUACAAAAUGCACAGCCCUUCAUAUCUCAAAUAAGCUAACAUUUUAAAGCUGCAUUAAUGAGAUAGACCUACAACUUAAGAAAUGUCUGUAAUUUCAGUGAAAUUCACUUGUGUUUGUAUGUAACGCACUGUUUUUGUGAAUCUCAAAUGUGCUUUUAAUAAAGAUUAAGAAACUG